AGUCAGUUCCAGCGCAGCCCAAGUCUAGGAAAGACGUUCGAUGGAACACUUCUGUUCCAGUGUUUACUAAAAGCGGCACAGCCGACCUCAGGGAAUUUUCUGCAAUCAUCGAAAAUACUCCCCAUUGUCCAGUGUGCGACCAAAAAUAAAGUGAUAAAUCUUCUUGGAAUUUUUCUUUUGAGAAGAAACAAUUAUUCAAAUAAUUGCAGAGUUUGCAAGUGAUGAAGUGCUGUGAAGUGUAAGAGAGUGAUUAAAAGGAAAUAUGAAUAAUAACAAUAAUCAACUCAAGCCCAACUUGGAGGAUGUGGAGAAGGGUCAGGGGAUGCCCCCACCAGCCAAUGGUGCCGAUCAGCAUCGUGUAGCCAGGAGGGGCUCAACUGCGGACGAAGUGGGAAAACAACACGCAGUCUACUGCCGCGUCGCGAUCAUAGCGGUUGGAUUUGUGUGUCUUGUAGCGAUCGUGACGCUCUUGUGGUACUUCAUGGGCUGGAUCUGGGGACUUCAGGCACUCCUUGUGGCCAUUCUGGUGGCAUUUGCUGCCAGUGGACUCUGGAGAUGGUUCUACAUUGCAGCAUUAACAGCUCCCCGGGAUAUGAAGGCUCUCUUCCGGUAUAUUAAACUGUUGUUGUUGGUUAAGAAACUGCAGAGAAGCAAUGCUACUGUAGCGGAUGUAUUUGCUGAACAUGUAGCUAAAACACCACACAAGUCCUGCUUUGUCUUCGAAGGUCGCACCUGGACAUUCCGGGAAGUUGAUGAAUUUUCGAAUCGUGUAGCUAAUGUCUUCCACUCCCAUGGCUAUAAGCAUGGUGAUGUUGUGGGGCUUCUUCUGGAAAAUCGCCCAGAAUUUAUCGCCAUAUGGAUGGGAUUAUCUCGCCUGGGCGUCAUUGUGCCGCUCAUCAACCAUAAUCUUCGUCAAGCAUCUCUUCUGCACAGUGUUACAGUGGCAAAGUGCAACGCACUUAUCUUUGGGGAAUCACUCAUUGAAGCUGUCGAGGAAAUCCUCCCAACAAUGCCAUCAUCUGUGUCACUGUAUCAAUUCAACGAUGCUGCAAAUGGUAAAUGCCAGAGCACGGCAAAGGAUCUGACCAGUCUAAUGUUGGCAGCUUCCAAGGAUAGGCCAACUGCCAAAAAAGCCAAUCAUCAUGACCGUUUGCUCUACAUCUACACGUCGGGAACGACGGGUAUGCCUAAAGCUGCUGUGAUCACACACUCAAGGUACAUCUUCAUCUGUGCUGCCAUUCAUCACCUGGCCAAAUUCCGUCAAGACGAUAUCUUCUACACUCCCCUCCCACUCUAUCAUACAGCCGGAGGAAUUAUGAAUGCCGGCCAGGCGAUCUUGUUCGGAGCUACUGUGGUCAUCCGGAAGAAGUUCUCGGCCAGUGGAUACUUCCCGGAUUGUCAGAAAUACAAGUGCACCGUGGCACAGUAUAUUGGAGAAAUGUGCAGAUAUGUCCUAGCCACUCCUCCAUCUCCCUCGGACAAGGCUCACCAGAUUCGACUGGUGUUUGGCAAUGGUCUUCGGCCACAGAUCUGGCCGCAAUUCGUGGAGAGAUUUAAGAUUCCCAGAGUGGCUGAAUUCUACGGAGCUACUGAAGGAAAUGCCAAUAUUGUAAAUAUUGACAAUACUGUUGGGGCUAUUGGCUUUGUCUCCCGGAUCAUUCCCCAAGUCUACCCGAUUUCAAUUAUUCGAGCAGAUCCAGCCACAGGGGAACCCAUUAGAGGACGCAAUGGACUCUGUCAAUUGUGCAAACCCAACGAACCAGGCGUCUUUAUUGGGAAAAUCAUUGAGGGUAAUCCCUCUCGAGCUUUCCUGGGUUAUGUCGACAAAGCCGCUUCGGAGAAGAAGAUCGUACGGGAUAUUUUCAAGAAAGGAGAUUCGGCCUUCUUGUCAGGAGAUCUCCUGACAGCCGAUGAGAGGGGUAAUCUAUACUUUAAGGAUCGAACAGGAGACACCUUCCGGUGGAAGGGUGAGAAUGUGUCUACGAGUGAAGUGGAGGCACAGGUGAGCAAUGUGGCUGGAUACAGGGAUGCCGUGGUAUUUGGUGUGGAAAUUCCCAAUCUCGAGGGACGUGCCGGAAUGACCGCAAUUCUCGAUCCUGAACGCACAGUGGACCUCAAAGCCCUUGCCGAUGGUCUACGCAAAGCCUUGCCAACAUACGCUAGGCCCCUAUUUGUUCGACUCUUGGUUAAAGUCGACAUGACCGGCACGUUUAAACUCAAAAAACUGGACCUCCAGAAUGAGGGUUUCAAUCCAGAAAUUGUCACAGAUCCCCUCUACUACCUCACAUCCAAAGGUCAGUACGAGGAGCUGACGAUGGACGCCUAUGCCAAAAUCUGCUCUGGAGAGAUAAGAUUUUAGGAGCGAUAGCCGUAUCAACUCCUUAGCAAAAACUUGAUAGAAAACCCUGAGUUUUCUGUAUUCUUGACUAUAAUUGAACGUUUUAGGUGUUACUUUAAUGUGUGAUAAAAAAGUUAUACUAUUUUUAUGAGUGUACAUAAUCUUUUGCUACGACUUUAGUUUUAAGAUCCGUAGAUUAAAAAAAAACUGGUUGAAGAAUUGUUAAAACUAGAACAUUAGAAAUGAGAGAGAAUUGUGUAAGAAUUUGUUACAUUUUAUAUAGCAAAUAAUUUUUUUUCAAGAGGAUGUUAAUUAUUUAAAUAAACUUUUUGCAAUAAACAUA